AUGGCUCCACUUGAACUCUGGGGAAACCAUAUCCCGCCGAUUACAUCGGCCAAGCACCUCGCCGAUCUCCGUCAGAAGCACGGAGUUCCUCCAAACGUGGAGAUGAUACUCCGUUCCGACGAUCCGUUUUCUCUGGAGACCGUUCCGCCGGGUUUCUGCUGCGCGUACACUGUGUAUUUCGAAAAGUGUGGGCUCGUGUUCCCUAUCCCGAGGAUUAUCUUUCGGAUCCUCCAACGCCUUCGAAUGGCGUUUCCCCAGAUGUGUCCGAACUUUGUUCGGCACGUCAUGGGGGUAUACGUUCGAGGUCGCGAACUUGGAUUUGAACUCGGGGUCGACGACAUCCUCCGGUUGUACCUUAUCAAACAUAACUCCGGGUUUUCCGGGACAUUCUACACCUGUCGCCGCCGCAGCCCGGAAAUAAUUCAGGCGCUUCCGGGGAAGAACGAGCGGUGGCGGGAAAAAUAUUUUUACUUCCGGGUUACUCCGGCAGCGGUAGGGGACUACGACUUUGCUCGUCUCCCCACCCAAUGGGCCGCAUGCGUUGAUUCAGAAGAACCUCCGAAAAUACCGGCGACCCGAGAACUAAUUGAGAGGCUACGAGCAGGCGAGGUCCGGUGGAACUCAUUCACGCGAGCUCGUAUCAUAGCAGCCCUCAACGCCCCGGUCCGAGCCGGCGAUGUUGAUGCCGCGCUGGCCAAUGCUCUUCGAGCCGCUCAGCCCGCACCGUCUCGGGUAGUUAGCGAGGAGGUGAACCAAGCCCCCGUGAUCCCAACCGGUCCUUCUGGUCCGGCUAAGGAGGUCAUGCUCGUCAGUUCGCAGUCGACUCAUGGCGAGCCGUCUCCGAUGCCAAAAAGGGCUCGCACGGACAAUCCCCGAGUCCCUGAGACGAGGAGCCGCGAAAGCCGUGGAGGCUACCCCGCGGGUGGUAACCCGGAGGCUCCAGCUGGAGAGCCGGCUCUCUCUGGAAACGGGUCAUCGUCGAGCCGCCCUUUUCAUUGGAGGUUUGCUCACUCCCGGGACUCCCCGGCGGUAGAGGACCACCUGGGAAUGGUGACCCUUUUCCGUCACCUAAAGACGGCUAACUGCCAGGUCCCACUCGUGAAGGAUCUCGUCGAGAGAGAAGCAUACAUCGAGGCGAUGGCGGCCCAUGCAAAGUCCGUUGCUGUUGACAACAAGCUGAUCGCGCUUUAUGAGCGGAGGCUUAAGGAUACCCCGCAGGCCGCUGAGCUUGAGAACACAACGCGGGUGGUUCAUGAGCUGACGACGGCUCUCAAGGCUGCUUAA